AUGAGCGCUACUCAAAUUCCUGAAGUCUUAUGGGCUCAAAGAUCUCACCCAGAGAACCCUGAAAAGAAUGUUAUUUAUUUAACUGUUGUUAUUCCUGAUGCUGUUGAACCUAAAAUCAAUUUGACAUCUGAAAAAGUAGUUAUUGACAGCAAAUCUGGAGCUGCUGCUCAUUAUGCUGUCCAAAUCGAUUUCUUCAAGGAAAUCGAUACAGAAAAGAGCAAUUACUCUCUUACCGGCCGUAAUAUUUUCUUCGUUCUCUACAAGAAAGAGCUCCAAGAAGAAUUCUGGCCUCGCUUGACUAAAGAAAAGCUUCGUCUUCACUGGCUCCGUACUGAUUUUGAACGCUGGGUUGACGAGGAUGAGCAAGAAACUCAACCUGAGGCCUCUGCUGAACCUGCUAACCCCUUUGGCGCCGGCGGCAUGCCUGACUUGAGUGCCUUAGGUGGCAUGGGUGGCAUGGGUGGCAUGGAAGGCAUGGACUUGAGUCAACUCGGUAACAUGGGUGCUAACAUGGGCGGUCAAAAUGACGAGGAAGAAAGCAGCGAGCCCGAAUUGGAAGAAGCCGAUGAAGAAGAAAAGAAGGAGUAA